CCCUAAUUCCAAUCGUAGCCUCCACCCAAACCACCUCUGGGUUCUUCUUCAUCUUUUGGGGCCAGAACGAAUUAGGUCCCAGAUGAUUGGAUUCACUUCAACCAUGGAUCUCAAAUCCCCCAAAUCCCAUCUACUCCUCUUCACCGUCUUCAUCAUCACCAUCCUCUGCUCCUUCUCCGCCGUCCGAUCUGACCCCAUCAUCAAAUUGCCCUCCGACUCCGACUCCGACUCCGGCGCCUGCGGCGGCUCCUCUCUGUCUCGCUCCCCGGUCGUCUGCCCCGUCAAUUGCUUCCGCCCCGACCCGGUCUGCGGCGUCGACGGCGUCACCUACUGGUGCGGCUGCCCCGACGCCCAGUGCGCCGGCGUCAAGGUCGCCAAGCUAGGGUUUUGCGAGGUCGGGAAUGGCGGUUCUGCCCCUCAGGCCCUGCUCUUGGUUCACAUUGUCUGGCUCAUCGUCCUCGGCAUUUCGGUCCUUUUCGGACUUUUCUGAAUUCAUUCUUGGUUGCUGGCAGAGUUCUUGACUACAUUGCGGAUUUUCGGAACACUUACUUGACAGGUCUGUGUUUGUGUAGAGGAUUACAUUUGUUUUAAUUGGGUUUUGUUGAGAUGUUUCAUAGGGAGGGAGAUUGGUUUGUGAUUGGUUUGUGGGUUUUCGGAAAGAACCCAUGAGAUGUUAAGAUUAUUUGGUAUCAUGAUACAUGUAGAGUAGUUAGGUUGUAGUGAUGAUUCUUCUGUAAGUGUUUGUUGUAGAUCAAUGUGAAUUUAAUUUGUUCCCCAGAUGAGUUUAUUGAUUGAUUGUUGUAUCUCUGGAUUUUCUUGUGUACAUGAUUCAGUAUGCAAUAGCAGUUCUAAUUUCAUUCCUCUAUAAGUCUAUAGUAUUACAAAAUCAACCCAUGUUCUUGAAUUAGAAAGAAAACAACGAAUUGCUGCCAAUAGAUUUGCUAGAAGUUUCAGUUUUGAAGUACCAAAUUGAGGAAGACAGAUAUGUAUCUGUAAGCAAGAGUUGUUGUAGAUUUG